GAUACCUGAGAUCAAGGGUGAGGAUUUGAGAAGAAGCUAUGGAAUUAGAAUCCGAGAAGCAGCCUCAACGAUCAGCUUCAUCUUCUGCUUCUGCUUACAAGAUUGCUGCUUCAGCUGCGUCUUACAUUCACUUUUGCAAAGAGUAUGAUCUUUCAGAAUCGAGCAACCCGGUUUAUAAAUCAGCUGCUGCUGCUCAGGCUGCAGCGUCUACGAUGACAGCCGUGGUUGCUGCGGGUGAGGAGGAGAAGCUAGAAGCGGCAAGGGAGUUACAGUCGCUACAAUCAUCUCCUUGUGAGUGGUUUGUUUGCGACGAUCCAAACACAUACACUAACGACGGUUUCGUCUAUCUAAUCGUGACACUGAAGAGAAUCCCCCAGUUGGAUCGGACUAACCCUUUGAUGAUCCCUCUUCCUCAUCCUCUCAUCGAUCUGGCCGCCGAAGAUUCACCGGAGCUUUGUUUGAUUAUCGACGACAAACACAAGAACAAAAUCACAAAGGAAGCGGCUUUGAAGAAGAUCAAAGCAGAGAAGAUUCCAAUCACCACAGUGAUUAAGGUCUCCAAGUUGAAAUCCGAUUUACGCAAGUUAGAGGAGGAGAAGCGAUUCGAGUUGUAUUUCGCGGAGAGGAGGCUAAUGCCGAUUUUGCCGAAGCUAUUGGGGAGAGAGUUUGUUAAGAAGAAGAAGAAUCCGAUUGCGAUUAACUUAAGACACGGUGAUUGGAAAGAGCAGAUCGAAAAAGCUUGUGAAUCGGCUUUGUUCUUCGUUGGUACAGGUACUUGCAGUGUUGUUAAAGUAGCGAAGUUGUCAAUGGGAAGGAAGGAGAUUGCAGAGAAUGUUGUAGCGGCCAUGAAUGGGAUUGGUGAAUCAGUUCCUGGUAAAUGGAAGAAUGUUAAAUUGUUUCAUCUCAAGUUGCUUGAGAGCUUGGCAUUGCCUGUUUAUCAAUCAGUUGCUUGAUCAAAAUGUUUAAAGAAGGUGAUGGAUGAUCUGGUUCCUCCAAUUAGUCACAAGUUUUGGGUUUUAUUUUUAGUGAAAUUUUCUUUUAUGUGAUGCUUGUAAUGUUUCGAUUAUACCUAGAGUGAACAAAACUGUUUUGAAUGAUUACAUUGCAACAGAUGGUUUUAAUACAAAUUUCCAUGAGUG